GCUCGCAGCGCCUGCUGGGAGCCACGUCUCCGCCGCCCUGGCGCUGGACUGCGAUUGGCGUCUGGGGGCGAUCCGGGGGCUGCUGGGAAGAUGGCGGACUCGGUGGCCCGCUGAUGAGGAGGCCGCGGGGGGAGCCCGGCUCCCGGGCCCCAAGACCAGCUGAGAGAGUGACCUACGCGGGGCCCGGGGAGUCAUGUAGGGUGGCGCCUGAGGGGCGGACCUCGGGAGGGCGGCGGGAGCUGGUGUUAGUGGUGGUGACCACGGGCUGCUCGCCUCUUGGGGCCGGGACAGGGUGUGGGGGCCCCUCCCGCGGACAGCAUCAGCUCCGCGCCUUGGCAGAUAGCUCACUCGGGCUCGGCGCGCGCCCCGCGAGCUUGCGCUGUGUUCUCAUUUCACUAGUGAGGAGGCUUAGGCAGAGAGGCGAAGACAUUAGUUCAAGGUCACGCAGCUGGUAAGUGGGAGCGCCCAGCAUGGGACCCAGCACCGGCCCGCUACUGAGCCUGCGUUCCACCCACCCCGCCGCCGCCGCCUCCUGCGGGACGGGGAGGUGGUCUUCAGGGCUCAUCGCCCGGACCACCGGGGCUCCCAGGCUGGGUGCGACCACUAGCCCUGUGAAUGACCUCAGGCUUAACCUCUCCGCCGCUCUGGGCCUGUUUCUCCGCCUGAGAAAUGAGGGUCUCCACCACCCAGCUCCAUGCUUCGAAUCCUGCUCUCUGCCCAGACUUCCCCUGCUCGGCUGUCUGGUUUGCUGCUCAUCCCACCAGUACAGCCCUGUUGUUUGGGACCCAGCAAGUCCGGGGACCGGCCUUUUGGAGGAGGCCCUGUGCAAGGCCUUCAACGGCUUCUGGAACAGGCACGGAGCCCUGGGGAGCUACUGCGAUGGCUGAGCCAGAACCCCACCAAGGUGCGAGCUCAUCACUACCCUGUGGCACUCCGGCGUCUGGGCCAGCUCUUGGUGUCUCAGCCUAGGCCCUCUCCUGUGGAGCAGGCCACACUGCAGGACUUGAGUCAGCUCAUCAUCCGAAACUGCCCCUCCUUUGACGUUCACACCAUCCAUGUGUGUCUCCACCUUGCAGUGUUACUUGAAACGAUGACAAGGAAUUUGGGGACUCAUUCACUCCACUUGGCAAGAUGGCACACCCCAGCUCUCUUACCAGGAUGGUCUUCAUCCCUCUCUCAGGCUUUCCAUCAGAUGGACCACUCCUGUGUGCCCUCGAGCAGGAGCGCAGGUCCCGUCUCCCUCCAAAGCCACCCUCCCCACAUCGGCCUGCCAUCUAUGGUGGUCAAAGGUUGGAAGUGGCCCUGAGCUGCCCCCGUUUCCUGCAGUACCCUCGUCAGCAUCUGAUCAGAAGCCUGGCAGAGGCAAGGCCAGAAGAACUGACUCCUCACGUAAUGGUGCUUCUGGCCCAACACCUGGCCCGGCACCGCUUGCGGGAACCCCAACUUCUGGAAGCCAUUGCUCAUUUCCUGGUGGUUCAGGAAGCCCAGCUCAACAGCAAGGUGGUACAGAAGUUGGUCCUGCCCUUUGGGAGGUUGAACUACAUGCCCCUGGAGCAGCAAUUUAUGCCCUGCCUUGAGAGGAUCCUGGCUCGGGAAGCAGGGGUGGCACCCUUGGCCACAGUCAACAUUUUGAUGUCGCUGUGCCAGCUGCAGUGCCUGCCCUUCAGAGCCCUGCAGUUUGUCUUUUCUCCCAGUUUUAUCAACCACAUCAAUGGCACCCCUCCUUCUCUGAUUGUGCGACGCUACCUCUCUCUACUCGAUACGGCUGUGGAGCUUGAACUCCCAGGAUACCAAGGCCCCCGCCUUCCCCAGAGGCAGCGAGUGCCCAUCUUCCCACAGCCCCUCAUCACUGACCGUGCCCGCUGCAAAUACAGUCACAAGGACAUGGUCGCUGAGGGGCUGCGCCAGCUAUUAGGGGAAGAAAACUACCGUCAGAAUCUGACUGUACCUCCGGGCUACUGCACAGACUUUCUACUCUGUGUGAGUAGUUCUGGUGCUGUGCUGCCUAUGAGGACACAAGACCCCUUCCUGCCCUACCCACCACGGUCCUGCCAACAGGACCAGGCAAACUUUAACUCCACAACCCAAGACCCUGCCCAAAGGGUGGUGCUGAUGCUGAGAGAACGCUGGCAUUUCUGCCGAGACGGCAGGGUGCUGCUGGGCUCGCGGGCCUUGAGGGAGCGGCACCUGGGCCUAAUGGGCUACCAACUCCUACCGCUGCCAUUUGAAGAGCUGGAGUCUCAAAGAGGCCUGCCCCAGCUCAAGAGCUACCUGAGGCAAAAGCUUCAGGCCUUAGGUCUUCGCUGGGGACCUGAGGGUGGGUGAGGAGGUACACACAGGGCUCAGGAUGGAUCCCCUAUGGGGAGGAGGGCAGACAAUUUGCACUUUGGCUUCCUGUUAUUAUUAUUAUUUUUUUCAUUAAAACCCCUUUCCUUCCUGAU